AUGUCCAAAAAAGUCUCCUGGCACGACCAAAUCCUCCCCCCUCUCAACCACUCCAACUCGGAAAUCCGCGUCCUUCAAAUCAAGCCCGGAUUCCCAGACUCCCCCAUCCGCUGCACAUUCCACGUCACCUCUCUCGACAACCUAGACGUCUCCUACGAGGCGCUGUCCUACGCCUGGGGAACCGACAACCAAAACACCACUCACGAGGACAUUUACUUUGGAGACGAUGAUGACGACACCAACAAGGUCGGCGUCACCCUUCCGCUGGCCAAUGCUCUCCGCCAGCUGCGUCUGUUGAAUGGGCCCCGCCACGUUUGGGCCGAUGCGCUGUGUAUCAACCAGACAGAUAAUCACGAAAAGUCCCUUCAGGUCAGCAUCAUGGGCCGCAUCUACAGCACCUGCACGCAAGGCGCCAUCUGGCUCGGGCCCCUGGGUGAGGUGCCUGAGGAAGAUGCCCAGGCAGCCCUUGACACAAUUUCCUGGAUCGCUGGCGAGCAAGAGGCUCAUUCGUGGAUGGAAGUCAGCGACACCUCCGCCCUCAAACGACAAACCGCCGCCGCCGCCUUCAAAACGCUCUUCCACCUCCCCUGGUGGUCCCGCAUCUGGACCGUCCAAGAAGCCAUCCUCCCCCCCCUCGCAACCCUCUACUGGGGCCCCUGCCAGAUCCCCCGGUCCACCCUCGCCAAGGCCGCCGACAGCUUCUUCGACGACUCGGCCCCAAACGUCCCCGACGAGUUCUGGCGCAACGCCGCCAUCGAGAGCCUCACCGUCGCCCUGCGCGGCCUCGGCGCCUCCCGCGACGAGGAGCUCUUCAUGCUGCUCUGGCGCUGGCGGCACCGCAAAGCCACGGACCCGAGGGACAAAGUCUACGGCCUGCUGGGCUUUCGGCACGACGUCUCGCUGCCCUCGGUCAAGACGUGCGAUUACACCGUCGACGUGCGCACGCUCUACCACAAGGUGACCAUCGACCUCAUCAACAUGAGCACCGAUCUCCAGCCCCUAUUGGGCCGCGGCGGCGAACGCUCCGAGAUCCCCGGCCUCGCCUCCUGGGCCGUGGACUGGGACGGCGUCAGGGACCCCUCGAUGAGCAGCAAAUGCAGCUUCUGGGACCAUUACCACUGGUGGCACUAUGGCGGCUUCACUGCUGAUCGCGGCAUGUACGGCGUCGGCGAGGGCUUGCGGGUCCAAGGCGACGACGACGUCCUCCGCGUGACUGGUCUCCGAGUAAGCAGGAUUGACAUGGUAGAGGACAAUGUCCCAGAGGAGAUUGAAGUGCCAGAGGAGGUCUCAGUCGCGGCACUCUACCGGCUGUAUGGCGACCGAUGGGGCGAGCUCAUGGCCCGGUAUCAUGAGCAGUUUCCCGACAAGCUCUUCAGCGGCGGCAUGGUUGCUUUCCUCAGCUUAAUCACCGGUAAUCUGGUGGCAGAUGGUUCCGAGGAUAACAACGAAAUUGCCGAGUGGGUUCAGAAAAUGCUUCGCACUCAUAUUCUCUUCAUUACCGACGACGGGCGGCUGGGACUGGGCCCGCGAAAUGUUCGCCCAGGACAAGAACUGUGGAUUGUGGGCGGGUGUAGAAUACCUCUAAUAUUGAAUCCUCUGCCCAAAGCAUCAGACAAAGAGUCUGAGGUGAGUGUGACAUUUCAUAGCGAAUGUUUUGUGUAUGGGAUCAUGUCAGGAGAGGCAUUAGAAGGCAGAGGAGACCAGGUAAUAGAAAUCCUGCUCCGGUGA